UUUAAACUGACAGUGAUUAUUGCGCAUUUUUAAACGUUAAAUCAAAUACAUUUCUUAUUCUAAAACGAAAGAAGAAAAUGACUUCAACGCCAGGAGCAUACAAUAGUAUUUUGAUUCAAAAUGCAGCUACACCAUCUCUUAUUAAUUAUAUGCCAUCUUCGCAUUGCGGUAGUACUCAUGAUGCUUCCGAAAUUAUAUUAGAACCAACAUUGGAUUCUGAUACUACAACUGAAGAGGAAGAUACUACUGUGCCAUAUUACGAUGAACAUGGGGAGCAAAGAUGUGAAGAAUUAUGGAGGGCUUAUAGAGAUGCAGCAGGUUUAUGGAUCAGUUUUAGAUUUAAUAUUGAAGAAUGGAAAUCAAAAGGAGAUCAGUGUGAUCAUACCCUAUUUGAUGAUUAUGAUGAGAUCGGUGGAACUGAAAUGGAAAAUACCGUCUCAUUGACUAAGAAAAUUAUCGCUAGCGGUCUGUCCAGAAUAGCUAGUUGUCCCGAAUUUUACCAUUAUGCGUAUACCAAAUGCGUUUUGCAAAAAAAAAAGAUAUCUGAUAUUGAGGCAAUAAGGUCAUAUCGUUAUCUUCAAUAUUUGGAUGUAUCCGGAAAUCAACUGACCACCCUAAAACCAUUAGAAAACUUACCAUUUUUAAAGUACUUAGAUGCCUCUCGUAAUUUGUUAUCCACUGUUUUGGACUUUAAAGCCCCGUUUUUUUUAACUGUGGCAAAUUUAUCUCGCAACAAGUUUGAAUUUAUACCCGACCUCGCUGAUUUUUGGUCCAUCACAGAUCUAAAUUUGUCACACAACAGAAUAGAAGUUAUUGACGGAUUAACAGAAUUAAAGUAUCUAAGCACAUUGAAUCUUUCAAAUAAUAGAAUAACCCAUCUACAUAAUUUGGACAAUUUAAGAAUUCAGUUUCUAUAUCUCCAUUAUAAUAAUUUACGUUUUAAAGUGUCAGAUUCGGAUAAGUGUAUUCGAACUCUUACAUUUUUAAGAUCGAUUAAUGUCAGUCAUAAUAAAAUUGAAUCCACUAAAGUGUUCGAGAGACUCGAGAAUUUAGAGUGUUUGGAAGCUACUUAUAACGAAAUAAAUCAGCUUUUGGACGUGUACUAUUUAAGAAAUUUGAGAUUCUUAUUCAAACUAAAUUUAACAGGAAAUCCCGUUACUGAAAAAAGGAAGUACACAGAAAUAUGCCUAACGCAUUUAAGAAAGUUAUCACAUCUAGAUGGUCAGAAAAUUAACACCGACUUUUGGAAUGAAAAGUUUAGCAAUAAAUUAUCGGAUGUCUAUCAGAAAGCUUCGUAUACAAGACUGAAACUGCUUAUUCUAGAACAGAUGAAUAAACCUAGAAUCUGGGAUUGGUUGCAACCAUACGAUUGCCGUCCAUUAGAUGUUAUUGUUUUGGUUGGCGUAGAAGGUUCUAAGCGAGCAGCACUAGCAAGACAAUUCCAGAAAAAAUAUCCCCAAGUGGCUAUAGGGAUUCCUUACACCACUAGAGAGAAACACGAGAACGAGAUUGAAGGGGAGCAUUAUUAUUAUAUCGACGAUAAAACAUUUUCGACAAUGCUGAAGGAAGGGCAGUUCUUAUUGUUUGAACAAGUUUAUGGAGCAUCUUACGGAUUCACUCAUAGUGAAUUCCAAAAAGCUAAAUAUGACAUCAUUAUUUUCUACACUAAUUUGGUUAUGGGUUUAGCACUUAGAAACACUUUUUUAAAUACCAGACUUGUCUUGACAAUUCCCAGUACUCCUCGAGCACUUUUAGAAGGUUUGAAAACUUUAUAUGCCAUUAAAGCCGAGGAUGCUACAACCCUGAAGCUAAUUCCCUCACCGAUUGUUGCCGAGGAGUGUCGUAAACAAUUCGCUGCUGAGAGAUCUGUUUUCAUUCGAAAGGAAGUAGAAUCUAUUCUAGACGUAAUAGUGGAUCAUGUGUGUACACAAGGAGCUGAAGAUGAUGAAUAUGAUAUGAUGAGAACAUCACUGGGUACGCAAUUCACGACAUUCACGGAAGACACUGGAUCAUUCAUUGAAGAUCUGGUCGUUGACCCUGAAGAAAAAUCUGUGAGUAGUUCUCAACCGUCGAAAAAUAUAUCCUGUAUGGGUCCACAAAUUUCUGCAAUAAAAAGAACUAAACCUAUGUGGGAUACUCGUUCCGCUGUGACGACGGAAUUUUAUUUAGAACACCAAACGUAUAUGGAUUGUAUGACCAAUGAUGAAACUAUAAGAAAAAUUUACCAGGUAGUUUUGAAAGAAAGAGAGGAAUUGCUAGAUAUGCAUUGGUCCAUGCCCGGGUUGUUUAGAGACCUUUGUUUUAGCGAUUACGAAGAAGAAUCAUUAGAAAAAUUGGAAAUUUUGUUACACGAUUCGCACAAGUAUAACGCCCAUAAACCGCUAUUUAAUUUUGAAAAGGAUCCGUGUGUACAAGCCAUUAUUGAUGCCAAGAUUCAUAACUGUUUUAACAGUUUAAAAAGGGAAAUUAAUAUAUCUGCUAAACAAGCUAAAGAAUUCGAGUUCAAAAAUGAAAAACAUAUAUGUGAUGACGGCAUCUGUCGAAAUCCAGGAUGUCCAGCUUUUUAACAUAUUUCAUUUAUAAUAUAUUAUUUUUCGAUUAACCAAAAUAAAGAGACAGUUUCAAUUAAUACAAUUGAUUUAUUUUUAUCAUAAGAAUACAGUGUUAUAUAAAUUUUUCAGUCAUACAAAAAAAGAUCAUUUUAUUCUACAUUCUAAAGCGCAUAGAAAAAAUUACUAAACGUUUAGGUCAUUCCUGAAGGCGAGUUUUCAGUUCAAACUUAAAUUUAUUUAUUGUACGUCGAAUCAGUGUAGAAUUAAUUUUAAACUUUUUUUGCUGCCAUUCUUCGGUCGAUUGCAAAAAAUAGAAAUUUGAACAUUUUCCUUUAAACAUAGUUUUUAAAAAUUCUCUUGGGGUAUUUUUUUAGCGUUACAUUAAUAAACUGAGUAUCGUUUCUUCAGUUAAUGAAGCAAAAACGCAAGAGAGAUGGGAGAUUAAAAACUAUGUUUUACGUUUUGUAAACAACACGGACUAGGCUAUCUAUAUAAUUCAACUAAGAAUUAGGGGGUAAUUGUGAUAUUACCAAAUUUGAAUUAAUCGGUUUUAAUGUAAAACAACAGCAAAUAGAAGGAUUAUUUCUUGAAACAAGAAAUGGUAUUAUAAUUUUUUCGAUUUUUUAACAGGAGAAUGAUUUAAAUGGGUGUAUA